AUGACUUCAAUUAUUAUAAUAAAUCAGGACUGUGUCCAGCAGAUCGUAAUGAACGUGGGUGUUUGUGUGCAAAAUAAAAUGCCCAAGGACAUUCCUACGGACCCCGCAAUGCCUGGUGAAUACACCUGUUGCAAUAUAUAUUUCACUUAUUUCUGUAUGUUUGAGGCUAAACACGACAAAUGCGAGACUAAAGAGUACGACGAUUACAUGAAAACUAUAAAAGCCGGAAAAUCUGAAAGUGACAAAAUGUGCAAGGACUUUCAACGGAUGAUUGUACGGAGGCUGAAUUUAAGGAGUAUAUAA